GAGGAGAGAAGCUGCUGAACCUGUGCAGGGAGGGAGGGGGCAUGCACACAAGGGGCACAGGGUCAUAGAGCGCCGCAGCGGGGAGGGGGCACACAGCUCUGCUGCUCAGUGCUAUGUGCAGGAUAUCUCGGGGCGCAGGAGCCGGACGUCACCAGAGACACGUUAUCCCUCGCUGAGGCUGGACCACAACCUGCUGCCUUCACGUCAGAGCGAGAGGAUGGCGUGCUAUCUGAAGGAUGAGCUGCUUUGCUCCAUCUGUCUGAGUAUCUACCAGGACCCGGUCAGCUUUGGCUGUGAACAUUACUUCUGUCGUAAAUGCAUCACUGAGCACUGGAGCCGGCAUAAGCAUGGGGGCACCUUGGACUGUCCGGAGUGUCGGAGAACCUUCUCGGAGCCCACCCUGUCCCCCAGCCUGAAGCUUUCCAACAUUGUAGAGAGGUAUUCUGCCUUUCCCUUGGAUGCCAUCCUCAGCGCACAGAGAAGCUCCUUCCCCUGCAAGGACCAUGACAAGGUGAAGCUCUUCUGCCUGACAGACCGCGCCGUCGUGUGCUUCUUCUGCGACGAGCCCUCGCUGCACGAGCAACAUCAAGUCACCAAUGUGGAUGAGGCCUUUGAGGAGCUGCAGAGAGAACUGAAGGAGCAGCUACAAGCGCUGCAGGAAAGUGCACAGGGCCACACGGAGGCGCUGCAGCUACUGAGACGUCAGCUGGCCGAGACCAAGUCUUCAGCCAAGAGUCUGCGCGCCACCAUUAGCGAGGCCUUUGAGCGUCUGCACCGUCUUCUAAGAGAACGUCAAAAGGCCAUGUUAGAGGAGCUGGAGUCAGAUACAGCCCGGACCCUGACAGACAUUGAGCACAAGGUCCAACGCUACAGCCAGCAGCUGCGCAAGGUGCAGGAAGGAGUACAGAUCCUACAAGAGCGACUGGCUGAGAGUGACAAGCACACAUUCCUGGCUGGCAUCUCCUCGCUGUCUGAGAGGUUAAAAGGAAAGAUUCAUGAAACCAACCUGACUUAUGAAGAUUUUCCCACCUCCAAAUACAUGGGGCCCCUGCAGUACACCAUCUGGAAAUCUCUCUUCCAAGACAUCCACCCUGUUCCCGCGGCUCUGACCCUCGAUCCAGUAACCGCCCAUCAGCGCCUGAUCCUCUCUGAUGACUGCACUAUUGUGGCCUACGGUAACCUGCACCCUCAGCCGCUCCAGGACUCCCCAAAGAGGUUUGACGUGGAGGUGUCGGUGCUAGGCACCCAGGUCUUCGAUGGAGGGGUACAUUACUGGGAGGUGGUGGUCUCUGAUAAAACCCAGUGGAUGAUAGGACUGGCCCAUGAAGCCGUGAGCCGGAAAGGAAGUAUCCAGAUCCAGCCGGGGAAGGGCUUUUACUGCAUAGUAAUGCACGAUGGGAACCGCUAUAGCGCCUGUACCGAGCCCUGGACCCGGCUCAACGUCAAAAGCAAACUAGAGAAAGUUGGGGUCUACCUGGACUAUGACAAGGGGCUUCUCAUCUUCUACAACGCAGAUGACAUGUCUUGGCUUUAUACCUUCCGUGAAAAGUUCCCUGGAAAACUGUGCUCUUAUUUCAGCCCUGGGCAGAGUCACGCCAACGGCAAGAAUGUACAACCGCUGCGGAUUAACACCGUGCGAAUAUAACCGUGCCAGGCGGGAGAAGGGUCAUAGAUAUAAGAUGGGGAAUGUAGAGGACACUAAAAGACUGGAGAGUAGGAAGCGUCCGCCAUGAUCGUCUCCAGCCUCAGCCUUCACCAUUCCUGAGUCUCUGGUGUUCGCUACGGACCAGUCGUGUUGUAGUGGCAGCUCCCACGUCGCCCCCUCACUGUAAGUGUCCAGGGUCAGGGCAUGUUAUACUGGACGUUGGACUUGCCUUCAGUCCAGUAGAUGAAUGUACAUGUCCUAAAGAAACCAGCCUUGCAUCGUCUGAGGUAACGUGAGGCCUGUGCCCCCGCUAUUCCAGCCUGAUGACCACUGUGGCCUUCAGACUGGGGAGGGUAUUUGUUCUGGCCGUUGCCUUAUCUCUGACCAUAUAACAAUGUGAUACAGGAGAGCGGAGGACAAGACUCCAUCGAUCAUUAUACAGUUGCAAGAAAAAGUAUGUGAACCCUUUGGAAUGAUAUGGAUUUCUGCACAAAUUGGUCAUAAAAUGUGAUCUGAUCUUCAUCUAAGUCACAACAAUAGACAAUCACAGUCUGC